CGGCUCGUCACCUGCUCUCCCACCGAUCGAUUCCGCUCGCCUCUCCCUUUCGCCGUCGUCGUCACAGCCUCACACUAGCUAGCUACCUUUACGCGAGAAGAAGAGGAGCGCGCCUCGCGCGCGGCUAGGGGUAGCUAGCCUAGCUCCACCGCGGCGAGCGAGAGCAUGUCGGCGGUGGUGUCGUCUCCCCGCGCGGCCGGCGCCGCACGGCGGCUGUCUCCGUCUCCCAAGCCGGCCGGCGCCAGGGACAAGGGCGACAAGGAGGAGCCUCCAUCGCUCGAGGGCGCCGCCGACAAGGCCAGGAGGAGGCUGCUGCCGUCGGCCCCGGCCAGGGGCACCGCGGCGUCCAUGCUGCUGCGCCGCGCCGGCGCCGGCGCGCGGGGGAGCAGCUACGUGCACCCGUCCUCGUCGCUCAGCGUCUCGUGCGCGUCGGAGGCGUCCACCGAGUCCUUCUGCAGCCGCGCGUCGACGGGCCGCAUCGGCCGCCGCCCCGCGGGCCCGCCCGUGGGAGCCCCGCGCCGGCGGGCGGCGGGCUCGGCCGGGCCUCCUUCGGCGCGGCCGGCCUCGUCCAGGAAGGUUGCCGGCGCCGUGCCAGGCGGUGCGGCGGUCACUGCUGCUCCGGCGGUGCCGCCGAUGCUGGGCCCCGUGAAUGGAGAGCACACCGCGACGUCGGCGGGGCCGCCGAGGUGCCCCUGGGUUACCCCUAACACUGAUCCCUGCUACGCUGCCUUCCAUGACCACGAGUGGGGAGUGCCAGUGCAUGACGACAAGAAAUUGUUUGAAAUGCUAACACUGUCUGGUGCACUGGCUGAGAUGGCAUGGCCUGCGAUUCUCAGCAAGAGGGACACCUUCAGAGAAGUGUUCAUGGACUUCGACCCCGUGUUGGUGGCCAAGCUGAGCGAGAAGAAAUUCUUGGCGCCAAGCAGCCCUGCUAGCUCCCUGUUGUCCGAACACAGGCUGCGCAUAAUCAUCGAAAACGCACGUGAGUUGCUGAAGGUCAUAGAGGAGUUCGGGUCGUUCGACAGCUACUGCUGGAGCUUCCUGAUCAACAAGCCGAUGGUUGGCAGAUACCGGCACACGCGGGAGGUGCCGCUGCGGACGGCGAAGGCCGACGCCAUCAGCCAGGACCUGAUGCGUCGGGGCUUCCUCGGCGUCGGCCCGACGGUGGUCUACGCCUUCAUGCAGGCCGUCGGCAUGGCCAACGACCACCUCGUCACCUGCUACCGCUUCGAGGAGUGCUGCGACAUCAAAGACGACGACGUCGCCGGCGCCGCAACUGAUGACGGCUACGGUGACAGUUGCAAGCCGGCAGCGGUGAGCGAGCAGGAGGUGAGCAUGCUUUGUGGGCUGGUGCAGUGCGUCGCCCUGGAGCCGUCGAGAGCCGCCACGGUGAUCAGCAUCUCAUAGCACAGCCAGCUGCAGCUAGUACCAACCAGACAAUGCAAGGUGAUGACUGAUGACACGAAUGAGUAGGGAUUAAUUAGGCGAGUUGAUUUCACUUAAUCGUGCUGGUGCAGUGAUUGCAUGUGUGUAGAUAUCGGUCGUGUUCGAGCGAGGUGUGUACAUGGUUGUGUUGAUGUGAGGUUUGAGAAAUUGGGGUUUGCUUGAGCUGAGUAUGUUGAAAAGAUGUGUAGGCAUAGGACAAGAAGCGUGUUCACAUUUCACAUUGCAGGCAUGUUGAACUAAAGGAGUGGCGUGGUGUGGAGCCGGUACAGAUCUUGUAAAGUUGCAAAAGAUUGUUCUCUAACCGAUAUGCAAAGCGAAAGAAA